UUUUGUAAUUUUCAGCAUUUUUUUUAUCAUCUUUUACUUUUAAAAGAAAUUAAAAAAGUAACGAACAUUGCCGGCCGCCGGCGCCUGAGAAAAAGUAGUUUAUAGAUUUUUUUUUUUCAUUUUUGUUUUCCUAAUUUAACUUGACAGGCUGAAAAUCAAGAUGACACGUAGUCGAGAGGCACGGCGGAGUGGGUAUGCAGUCCACUUCCAGCGACGUAGACGAGCGUUGAACCGCACGAACUCCAAUCCAAUAUUUCUGACUCCACCACAAUCCGCUUACGAAACCUCGAUUCCAUUAACACCGAAGCUCUCUUUCAGAACCUCGAACCUCGCCGACACGGAGCCAGCGGGGCUACAGUUAAUGAAAUGGGUUAUGCAAUGAGUAGACUGGACAUAGAAGCAGACCUUCGUGAUGGGGGGAAGACAAUCCUUGAGGUCAGUCAUAGCCAAAGAUCCAACAAGCCAUUGAAAUAUGUAGACAAUGAGAUUUCCCAGCUCACGAGAUUACAAUCAGGACCCCAUGAACGGUUAAGCCAAGUCACACCUGGCAGACGGGAGUUGCCUGUUUCCACAGUGAAGAUGUUGGCUGGUCGGGAGUGUAACUAUUCAGGAAGAGGGAGAUUCUCAUCAGCCGAUUGUUGUCAUGUUCUAAGCAGAUAUCUGCCAGUAAAUGGUCCUUGGCUUGUCGACCAAAUGAACAGCCGAGCCUAUGUCUCACAGUUUUCAGCAGAUGGUUCUCUUUUUAUUGCUGGAUUUCAGGGAAGCCACAUUAGAAUAUACAAUGUGGAUCGAGGAUGGAAAGUUCAGAAGAACAUUCUUGCCAAAAGUUUGCGAUGGACAGUUACUGAUACAUCACUUUCUCCUGAUCAACGCCAUCUUGUUUACGCCAGUAUGUCACCUAUUGUCCAUAUUGUUAAUGCUGGGUCCCCUGAAACAGAGUCUCUGGCAAAUAUUACGGAGAUCCAUGAAGGUUUGGAUUUUUCUUCUGAUGAUGACGGGGAAUAUUCUUUUGGAAUCUUCUCUGUAAAAUUCUCAACAGAUGGACGAGAAGUUGUUGCUGGAAGUAGUGAUGAUUCUAUAUAUGUUUAUGAUCUUGAAGCAAAUAAGCUUUCCCUUAGAAUUUUGGCACAUACGUCUGAUGUGAAUACUGUAUGUUUUGCCGAUGAAAGUGGCCAUCUUAUUUAUUCGGGGAGUGAUGAUACUUUCUGUAAGGUGUGGGACAGACGUUGCUUUGUUGCUAGAGAUAAGCCAGCUGGAGUCCUGAUGGGACAUCUUGAGGGAAUUACAUUUAUUGACAGCCGUGGUGAUGGCCGUUAUUUAAUAUCAAAUGGUAAAGACCAAAGUAUCAAACUUUGGGAUAUCCGGGGAAUGUCUUCCAAUGCUACAUGCAAUCCAGGUUUUAAGAGUUAUGAAUGGGACUACAGAUGGAUGGACUACCCACCACAGGCAAAAGAAGUGAAACACCCGUGUGAUCAGUCGGUGGCUACAUAUAGAGGUCAUUCGGUCUUGCGAACUCUUAUUCGCUGCUACUUCUCCCCAGCAUACAGCACUGGUCAGAAGUACAUCUACACUGGAUCUCACAAUUCAUGUGUUUAUAUUUACGAUUUGGUAAGUGGAGCCCAAGUUGCUACACUCAAGCAUCGUAAAUCACCUGUAAGAGACUGUAGUUGGCACCCUUACUAUCCAAUGCUUGUUAGCUCCUCUUGGGAUGGGGAUGUUGUCAAAUGGGAGUUUCCUGGGAGUGGUGAAGCACCGGCCUACUCGAGCACGUAGGGAGAUCGGAGGAGACAUUUAUUGAAGAUCACUUGUUAUGUGGGCAAGCUAUUUUGAUAUGAUUUGGUAAAUUCAUGUUGUUUGCACAUUGGUUCAAGUUAUUUUUCAGCAUCAGAUAAGGUGUAAAUAACGAGCAAUAUGAACUAUGAAUAAUUCUCAUAUUAACUAUGUCAGUUGUACAUAUAUACCAUUCUCAUACUGUCAUCUUAA